GUCGCGGCAAAUUGGUGACCCCGACGUGAUGGGGUGGUGAACUGCCUAGCUGAGCGGCUUGCUGCGAGUCCCACGGAAUUUUGAAUGAGCUGCUGAAAGGAAGCAGGAACUGGCCAGGAAUCCCUCUGGAUUUAAGAGAACGAGGCCCCAGGUGGAUCCCAGCGAAGAGCGUGCGACCUUUCCGUGAACCCCUACCACAAUCGGAUGGCCACAACACCAAUCCACAGCUAGAUCAUUCCCCUGAACGGCAUACCGAAGAACAUUCGGAGGACUGAUGCAGUGCUUUUAUGGACAAUAGAGCAGAGACUCCAGUAGAACAUAUUCAUUGCGUCGCCUGUGGUAAUUGUGACCCUUAGGUUUAUGUGACUGCUAUCGCUGUGGUAAGAGAUGGUAGCGAUGGUUAACAUUGGCCAAUAGAUGGUGUGACAGUUGCCUAAUAUAUGAAGUUAGCAUUGUAAGAAUUUAGCAUUGCAAAAAAAAAAAAAAAAAAAAAAAAAAAAAAAAAAAAGGGGUGGGGGGAAGAGUCCGUCAAACAUUAUGAUCCUGUUAACACUUUUUUGUAUAUGUGCAGCCUGGACACAUGCCAAUCCUUUGCCAGGGUACCAUCCUCACCUUUUUGACCCCUGUCAAAAUGUCUGGGUUACUCUGGCCAGGUCGCUCAAUACUACUAGCUUUUGUGCCAGUCUUGCUACACCCAGCUCGCCCUUCACCACCUGCUUAGUAGGGGUACCACUGAAUAACUCGACCUUUUUACUGUUUAAUAACUCUAUGACAACCUUACGGAAGCAGUACAAUAUUUCUGGAAGGCUUCCUUUUUCAUGGAAAAAUCUUAAGGACCUUUUUGAAAAAUACAAUAAUUGGGAUGAUAAAUUACCAAUAGGGCCUGAGCCGCAGGAAAUUGACUUAGUAGAUUCUCUUAAUGCUUCUCAUUGUUUGUUUAUUGGCCUUAGGUCAUGGUCAGGGGCCCGAAAAGAGGGGCACUUAGUAAAGGAUUCUCCACCGACCGUCAUCUCACCUAUUGGUAAUGCUACCCUCUGGCAACAACAAUGGUGUUUGAGGAUUGCUCGAGAUGCCACUCACUCAGCCCCUGGUACCAUGCUCCCUAGGCGGCUCCCCUUGGGGUUCUUUUUUAUUUGCGGAAAUAGAGCUUGGUCUGGGAUCCCUUCUAACCCUAGAGGAGGCCCGUGUACUAUUGGACAGCUUAGUCUUGGCACUCCUCACUAUCAUCCAAGCCCAAAACAGCGGUUACAUUUUACUCGUGACACAAUACAAGCAUUAGAAAAUACCUGUGACGAUAAUGUUAAGCUAUGGAAUCGCUGGGAGGUUUUUUUCGCCUCGCUAUUUACCCCUGGGGUGGCAGCAGCGAGAGCCCACAGAAACUUAGAUGCAAUUGCCUGUUGGGUUGUUAAGCAAGCAAAUGCUACCAGCCGCAUACUAUCUGAGAUGGCUGAAGACUUGUCUACAGUACAACAUGCAGUCCUGCAAAACAGAGCUGCUAUUGACUUCUUGCUACUAGCCCACGGACAUGGCUGUGAGGAUUUUGACGGAAUGUGCUGCAUGGACUUAGAGGACCACUCUUCUUCGAUGCAUAAGCAAAUUACACAACUCCUUGCGCAUUCACAAAAGGUGCAAUCUGAUACGGACUUCUUCGGAUUGGGUACUUUGGGUGAUUGGUUUGGGCUAAAGGGCUGGCUUAGGAGCCUGGUACAAUCUGCUGUACUCAUAUUAGUUAUUAUAUUGGUAGGCCUUUUGAUUCUAAGCUGCGCUCUUUCCUGUGUUAGGUCUAUGGUGACUAAAGUUGUUCGACAUACAUGGUUUAUUCAAAACGGCGAUAUUCCGAAGAUUUACGCUAGUGUUAGUUCUGUCCAGCUCACUGAGUAUGAUGACCUUUAAAACCGCGCCUCAGUUCUGCCUUUAAAGAAACAAAAAAGGGGGAGAUGUUGGGGGCGGCUAGCAGAAAAGUACAAGUAUGCAAGAAAUUCGAGGGUAUGCCGACCUUGCAGACCUCAGACAAAUAAAUCUGAGGAGCCAGGGAACAACUGGCCUUGCAGGUCUGAGAUAAAUAACCUUGAAGAAGUAGGGAGUAGGCAACAAGUUAUCACUGUAGCUUUUAGCACAUUCCAAAACUGUAGCUUCUAGC